GGCCCAUUCACUUUAAUAAAAUUGGAGCAUGUGUCAUAAGAUAGUGCAAAUGCAUUUAAAUUACAAUUUUAUAAAAAUGUAAUGUAAAAAAAGUGAAAAACGUCAGGAUCUCCACGGCCAAAAAAAACCCCAAACCAAAAAACCCACUCUUCCUAGAAAAAAAACAGAACAUGAAGUUAUACAUGUGAAAACAAAAAACAGGAGAAACAUUGAAAAAUAAACACAUCAGAAACUCCUGUGAAUCUUUUCAUGAAGGGUCCAAAAAGUCAGUAGACCCAACACUGCCAGACUAAUGACUUUCCGUGUAAGGUUCAAUAUAAUCUAUAUUCCAUGAAAUAGAAUUUUAAACCUCAUAAAUAAUCCUUAAUUUUGUAAAAACUUGGGGAAUCCACGGGAAAAAUGUGAGGAAAACUACGUAUCAUCUUCUUUGAACAUCACCUCUCAUGUUUCAUGACUUGGAUACAACAAUUAUUUAUUCAUGUGACGGACUCAGGUGACAGACUGCUGAACUUAAAUGUACGAAAGCACAAGAGCAGGACUGAGAUAGCUUUUCAAUACAAGAGCCACAAAGAUCCUGGUUAAACAAAAAUGGUUCAUGUUACAUCUUAGCAACCUAAAGGUGACUUACAGGGCAAGCGUGCCUCACUGUUGUAGAAAGCAACCGGUGUUAAGGGAAAAAAAAACCGCACCCACAGAGAGAACAGACACGUAAACAAGUGCAGUACUGUUCUAGCUUGCUCGAUCACAGACAACCAAUGAUUUCUACAACAUCCAGCACAGCAGAGAUGGUCACACAGGAUAAACUGCAGAAAAAUGAUGGCAUUAUUGAAGAUAAAAACUCAGGUAAACUGGGAUGCUGUGGUUGGCUGUUGGUUUUCAUAUCCAUCAUCUUUGUAAUAGUAACCUUUCCACUCACAAUAUUUAUGUGUGUCAAGAUAGUGAAGGAGUAUGAGCGAGCUGUCAUCUUUAGACUCGGCCGGAUCACAGACAGAAAAGCUAAAGGGCCAGGACUUUUCCUAAUAUUACCCUGCACCGAUAACUUUGUGAAAGUAGAUCUGAGAACUGUGUCCUUUGAUAUCCCUCCUCAAGAGAUCCUAACGAAAGACUCUGUGACAGUGUCUGUGGACGGUGUGGUUUACUUCCGCGUAUACUGCCCCAUUUCAGCAGUGGCCAAUGUGACCAAUGCGCACUCAUCUACUCGACUGCUUGCUCAAACCACUCUCAGGAAUGUCCUUGGUACCAAAAACCUUGCAGAACUUCUAUCUGACAGAGAGGGCAUUUCACUCAGUAUGCAAGAAGCCCUGGAUGAAGCCACUCAUCCAUGGGGUAUCAAAGUGGAGCGUGUAGAGAUCAAAGAUGUGAAGUUGCCUCAUCAGCUGCAGCGAGCCAUGGCAGCAGAGGCUGAAGCCAGCCGGGAGGCCAGGGCCAAGAUCAUUGCUGCAGAGGGGGAGAUGAAUGCUUCCAGGGCUCUGAAAGAAGCCUCUCUGGUAAUGGCUGACUCACCCUCAGCUCUCCAGCUAAGAUACCUUCAGACUCUCAACACCAUCGCAGCAGAGAAGAACUCCACCAUCAUCUUCCCUCUGCCAAUAGAUAUAAUACAACAUUUCAUGCAUUGGAAGGCAUGA